GUUCCGGCCCCCAGCAUGGCUUGGCAGAGCUGGCCGGCGCCCUGGCUGUGGGUCUCCGGUUGCGGGCUGCUGUUCUUCGCCUUCGUGCUGCUCCUGAGUCCCCGCGGCUGCCAAGCGCGGCGGGGCUUCCGCGGCCUGCUCAUGACGCGCAGCCAGCGGCUGCUCUUCCGAAUCGGGUAUAGCCUGUAUACCCGAACCUGGCUUGGGUACCUCUUCUACCGACAGCAGCUUCGGAGGGCUCGGAAUCGCUAUCCCAAAGGCCAUUCCAAAACUCAGCCCCGCCUCUUCAAUGGAGUGAAGGUGCUUCCCAUCCCUGUCCUCUCAGACAACUACAGCUACCUCAUCAUUGACACCCAGGCCGGGCUGGCUGUGGCUGUGGACCCCUCAGACCCAAGGGCUGUGCAGGCUACCAUUGAAAAGGAAAGAGUUAACUUGGUUGCCAUUCUCUGCACCCACAAGCACUGGGACCACAGUGGAGGAAACCGUGAUCUCAGCCGGCGGCACAGGGACUGUCGAGUGUAUGGGAGCCCUCAGGAUGGUAUCCCCUACCUCACCCACCCUCUGUGUCAUCAGGAUGUGGUCAGUGUAGGACGGCUUCAGAUCCGGGCCCUGGCCACCCCUGGCCAUACUCAAGGCCAUCUGGUCUACCUGCUGGAUGGGGAGCCCUACAAAGGUCCUUCCUGCCUCUUCUCAGGGGACCUGCUCUUCCUCUCUGGCUGUGGAAGGACCUUCGAAGGCACAGCAGAGACCAUGCUGAGCUCACUGGACACCGUAUUAGACCUGGGGGAUGACACCCUGCUGUGGCCUGGACACGAAUAUGCAGAAGAGAACCUGGGCUUUGCAGGCGUGGUGGAGCCCGAGAAUCUGGCUCGGGAGAGGAAGAUGCAGUGGGUACAGAGACAACGGAUGGAGCGCAAGAGCACAUGCCCAUCCACCCUGGGAGAGGAGCGCACCUACAACCCAUUCCUGAGAACCCAUUGCCUGGCACUACAGGAAGCUCUGGGGCCAGGGCCAGGCUCCACCAGUGACGAUGGCUACUCCCGGGCCCAGCUCCUGGAGGAGCUGCGCCGGCUGAAGGACAUGCACAAGAGCAAGUGAUACCCCCAGCCCACCCCAGUCCAGGCUGUCCCCACAGAGGGGAAGCCACCCACCACUCACACCUCGCCAUCCUCUCAUCACUAGCACCACCGCCGCCAUUGUUAACCUAGGCAGCACCAUUCCUCCAGAUCGGUCAGGGAGGGCAGAGACCAGACAGUGGGACUUAGAGGAGGAAGCAGUAGAAGCCUUGGAGACCCCCCACACAAUGCAGCUGGGCGUUAGGUAAGAGGAAGGAGGCAGCACCUGGGACGUCUCUAGACUCUGCUGCCUUGGAGACUCUGCCUCCCACCCCGCUCGAGGUGGAGUACCCAGAUGAUGAAGGCUGCUCUGGGCUCCCUUCCAGAGGCCACACUCCCACUUGGAGCCCUGGAACCCCGGGAAAAUAGAGCACUGACCAGGCUAGUCUGUUCUCCACCUUUCCCAUCCAGGGUUGUUGGAGCAGCUCACCCUGAAGACAUGAUACAAGGUGUGGUGCCUGGUUAAGUGGUCGCCAAUAGGGGCAGCCAGACAUUGGGUGACUGAUACUCUAAGCCCCACCUUACCCACCCUGCUAAGACAUUGCCAGACAGAGCCAUUCCUAAGAACACCCAAGGGCUGGAAGCCUGGCUCUGGCCAAUCCCUGUCUCAACAAAUCCUCUGAUGGAUAGAGGGCAAGGUCCCCGAUUGCCAAGGAAUCUUCUGCCUCAGGCCAAAGACACACAAGAUGCUGGGAUACAGAGCCACUCGCCAUGCACAUCUGUCCCGGGUCUGCCACUGGCCUCUGCUCCUGCCUCCAGUCACAAGGGCCUGCCUUCCCAGGGGAGAGUGAGCUGUGGUCUGCCUGAGAGAUCCUGCUUUCUCCUUUGGGCCCUUGUUCUUGGGAAUUCCCGCCUGCCUGCUGUCUUCCUUGUUUAUCCUCAGCUCUUUUCUUCUUGAAGUCAUUAAAGGCUGGUCUUUCAGUCCGGGUACUCGUCUGGCUCCUUGCACUGUGCCAAAAAACUUCUAUCCCCACGUGAUUUCCCACUGGCUCCCCGACCCAUGCUGGCAGUGUACAGACAGCAGAGGUCUGAGGCAGGGAGCUCCAGUGGCAGCUUCCAGGACCCGAGGCCUGAGCCUACCCCAGCGCUCACCCCUCCUCCCAAUCCACUUGUCCUCUGGUCUCAGGUGGAGGGCUCUCUGGGGCCACAGUGAGAACGCCUCUGGUUGUUGAGCAGGCACUCUGGGUUAGCAGGAGCCACGCUUCGUAUGUCAGAGCCUUCCCUUGGGCUGUGCAGCGCCCUCUAAUGAUCCUCCAAGACGCCCCUGCCCUCAGUUUCUCUUCUCAUCUGGCCUCGGCUGCCCUCUCCAGCCCCAGCCUUUGGAACCCACUCUAGCAAUACCACCAGACUAGUUAGCCUUCCCCGCCCCCGACACACGCAGUUCCACGCUGCCGCCUUCGCCUUCGUGCCUUCGCUCAUGCUGUUUCUUCAGCUGGAAUGCCUUCCCGCUCCUUCUGCCUCCUUUGCCUGUCUAACGCCUAUAUUAGCCUCUCCCAGGCCCCUCCCCCAGGAAGUCCCCCCCUCACCCCUAUCUUCCAGGCUACCUCUCCACCAUGUAAAUGCUUCUCUCGUGGCACCCAUCACACUGUAUUUUACUUGUUUACAUGUUUGCCUACCCUUCUAGACUGUGAAUCCUUAAGGGCAUGGACUGUAUCUUAUGCAUCUCUGUAUUUCCGCGCCUAGCACGGUGCCUGGCACACAGUAGGCGCUCAAUAAAUGUUGAAUGAAUGAUUUAA